AAGAAUUUUCCCACGGUUAGCGACGCACCGUACGCACAUAUAUCAUGCGCGCGCCAGGAGUUGCGUCUCACAAGGAAGGGCGACGCACGCCAGCACACAACCUGUAAAUCAUUAGCAUAAAGUGCACGGCGACAAUUUGUCGUGAGAAUCAAAGUGUAUUGGAAAAGAACAUUCAAGCAAGACAAAGACUGCAAGCAGGCGCGUAUGGCAGCAGAGAGAAUGAAGACUGUCGAGGAUAGAAAGGCGAGAAAGCCACUACUUGAACGCAAGAGAAGAGCAAGAAUCAAUGGCAGUUUAUCAGAGCUGAAAGACAUUGUUCUUAGAUCACUCAAUAAAGAUAGCUCACGGUACACAAAGAUGGAAAAGGCUGAUAUUUUAGAAAUGGCUGUAAAGCAUUUGAAAGCCUUGAAAGAGACAGUGAAUGAAUACUCAAGACAACAUCCUUCAGCCCAUUAUCGUAAUGGUUUCACUCAAUGUGCAACAGAAAUGACUCGGCAUGUAAUGACAAUGGAUACUAUUGAUGAGAGUUCACGCUCUGAUAUUUUAUCUCACCUCAAUUCAACUUGUCAGACAAUGCUCUUGACUGUACCACAAGCUUCACCAUCAUUGUCUCCAUUGGUAUCAAAAGCCUUUGCUCAUAGCAAGCCUCAUGAAAACCCUUGUUACCAUUGUCAACCCCUUUUAUACCCUCCACCAAACUUUCUAAAUGGCUCAACAGAGUUGCCACCAAGAUUUGUUCCAUUGAGUCCGCAGCCUUUUAACUCACUUGUCACACCCAAUAAUCACAUUACAAGCUCCCAAAAAUACAGUUUCGAUAAAUACAAAACUAAGAGUCUCUCGGACAGUUCCCUGGAAAAACUCUCACAAAACAAUUCCCCAUCUUCCAUUUCGGCUACAUUUUCCCAUUGUUCAAUAUCCAAAUCGAUCUCACCAAAAACUACAGAAUCUACUUCUAUCCCUACACCACCAUCAGUAACAUGUUCCGAACCAGUUUGGCGACCAUGGUAAACAAGUUUAAUUUUAACCUGUCAGGUUAUUUAGAUGACAACUUCACAUAAUGCUUGUAAAUCACAAAACUUAAAAUUUUUGUCAAGAAAAUUGACCUGUAAAUAAUUGUGCUUUAAUAGAUUUAAGUUAUUGUAUUGUCUGUUAAACAGUUAACUAAAUUAGGUCAUGUGCUUAGCAAUAUGUUCAUUCGAAGAGUUUAUUAAACAUAUACAAAGCUUU